AUGAAACCAAAGACGGCAGCGAUGUUCGAUCGACCAAAAUCAUCGACGGAGCGUAAAAUCGAUGGUACCCCAACACUGCGACGGCGAAGGACUACAAACACGACAUCUUCAUACACACGAACCGAUAUCUUAGCCGCCCCAUUGACCGUGAUCGUGAGCGUGACAUACGCUGUCAACACACAACCGGCGGGCUCCCUCGUCUCCGAAGAGGUCUGUCAAGGGAAGGAAGGCUCGGUUGUACCAAAUGAGGCUGGGACCUCACGGCCAGCUGGCAACGAGAGAGGUCUGAGCGCUGCGACGCGAGUGCAAGCCAAUAGAGCUUGUGCCCCUUUCUAUUGGCUAGAACCGCGGCCAAGAUAG